GUGAGACACUUCAACCCCAAUAUGGAGUCCAGAGGGAUUUUCAACUUGCUUCUAAUAGUUACAAGUUUAGUUUCCUCAGUGACUACAACUUCGACCACUUCCUCAACCAGUGAAAAUCUAAACACCACAAUUAAAACAACCAAGACUCUUACCACAAUACCUAGCACCACAACCCUUAACACAACCAAUCCUAACAAUUCUUCUCUUACCACCACCACCUCAACCACCACCUCAACCACCACCUCAACCACCACCUCAACCACCACACCAAACACCACCUUAAACACCACCUCAACCACCAUACCAAACACCACCUUAACCACCACCUCAACUACUAUCUCAACCACCACCUCAACCACCACCUCAACCAGCACCUCAACCACCACACCAAAUACCACCUUAACUACCACCUCAACUACUAUCUCAAACACCACCUCAACCACCAUCACAACCACAACUAAAACAACAACCACAACCACCACCUCAAACACCGGCCCAAACACUACACCAACCACUUUGCCAACAUCCACGCCAACCUCCAGCCCAAGCAUCACCCCAAACAUCACCACCUUGAUCUCUACAUCACUCACUACAUCCUGUGUACCACUGAUGUUCCUGCGUAUUAAUUUGGCAACGGUGGAAAGUGAAGUAAUCUCCAUUACCUGGGAGACUAACAAUACUUUUGAACAGCCUCAUUUCAAUGUCACAAUCUUCGCGGGGAACUAUACGAACCAAACUCAAACUGAGAAGCAAGCAGCAGAAUUUAGUGGUUUGCAGCCGGACGUUGAAUAUCAGAUAAUAAUAUCCACUACAACUUGCGGUCAGCAGCAGACAAUUACAAGGAAGGUCAGGACAGCUGCCUCGGUAGUGGAGGUGUCAACAAGAAUUACAAAUAAGGAGUUCACACCAGACCUGAAAAAUGAAAGCAGCCAGGAGUACAAAGACUUUGUAAAGAACUUCACAGAUGAGUUGAUAAAAGGACUUAGUCCGGCUAUCCAGGAGUUAAUCAGGAGUGGAAAACUGACUAUUACUAUCACAUCUAUUGAACAAGGGAGUGUGGUUGUUCUAUUUACUGUGAUAACAUCAACAAACGAAACUGUCCCUCUAACCGAUAUCAAAGAAUCGGUUGCUGAUUCUUUAAAGAACAGUACAACGUUCGAUGUACAAAACACGACCAUUUCAGACAGAGACAGCUGCCAGCCAGGGCUGAAUGAUUGUUCAGUUAAUGGAACUUGUAUCAGACAGAAUGCAACUUACACCUGUCAGUGUAACGCUGGUUUCACAGACAUAAGCCCCAGUGUACCUGGAAGGAUAUGUGAAGGUUCCACCUUUUCUUCAGCGAGUACAACUCCGACCAUCAUUUCCUCAACCAGUGAAAAUCCACACACCACCAUUCUCUCGACCAGCACUCCAACAACCAACACUCUUACCACGACACCCACCGCCAAAACCCCCAGCACAACCAAUUCAAUCACAUCCAUUGGUAACACGACCACCCCAACCACCACCAGCUCCACCACAAUCAGCCUCCCGAACUCGAACCCAACCACCACUCCAAACACCACUACUCCAAACACCACCACCCCAACCACCACUCCAAACCCCACCACAACCUCCAUGCUAAUCACCACUCCAAGCGCCACCACGCCAACCAUAAUCCCAAAUUCCACUCCAACCACCACGCCAACCUCCAUCCCAACCACCACUCCAAACACCACCACUCCAAUCAUCACCCCAAACACCACCACAACCUCCAGCUCAACCAUCAGCUUCACCACCACCCCAAACUCCACCACAGCUGUCACCCGAACCAUACCAACCUCUGGCCCAGGUACCACAUCAACCACCACCCUAAUAUCUAUCCCAACCACAAUUUCAACCGCUACACCUCCCACUGGCAAAAUCACCAGCUCUAUCACCAGCCCAAUCACCAGCAGACCUUUCCGCUCAAGAACCACCCCAAACCUUAACACCCCUGUAUCUACAUCACUCAGUACAUCAUGUGUACCAUUGAGGUUCCUGCAUAUUAAUUUGACAAUGGUGGAAAGUGAAGUAAUUUCCAUUACCUGGGAAACCAGUUAUGCAUUCGAACAGACUCAUUUCAAUGUCACAAUCUCCACAGAGAACUAUACCAACCAAAUUCAAACUGAGAAACAAGCAGCAGAAUUUAGUGGUUUGCAGCCGGACGUUGAAUAUCAGAUAAUAAUAUCCACUACAACUUGCGGUCAGCAGCAGACAAUUACAAGGAAGGUCAGGACAGCUGCCUCGGUAGUGGAGGUGUCAACAAGAAUUACAAAUAAGGAGUUUACACCAGACCUGAAAAAUGAAAGCAGCCAAGAGUACAAAGACUUUGUAAAGAACUUCACAGAUGAAUUGAUAAAAGGACUUAGUCCGGCUAUCCAGGAGUUAAUCAGGAGUGGAAAACUGACUAUUACUAUCACAUCUAUUGAACAAGGGAGUGUGGUUGUUCUAUUUACUGUGAUAACAUCAACAAACGAAACUGUCCCUCUAACCGAUAUCAAAGAAUCGGUUGCUGAUUCUUUAAAGAACAGUACAACGUUCGAUGUACAAAACACGACCAUUUCAGACAGAGACAGCUGCCAGCCUGGGCUGAAUGAUUGUUCAGUUAAUGGAACUUGUAUCAGACAGAAUGCAACUUACACUUGUCAGUGUAACGCUGGGUUCAUAGACACAAGCCCCCGUGUACCUGGAAGGAUGUGUGAAGACAUCGAUGAGUGUCAGACUGGGAACACCACAUGCUCUGAUUUAGCUGACUGCACGAACACUCCUGGAAAUUUCUCAUGUAGUUGUAAAGAGGGAACUAUUGAUACCAAUCCAUCAAACCCAGGAACAGAGUGCAGAGCGAGUACGACUCCGGCCUCAACCAGUGAAGAUCCAAAAAGCAGCACUCCCUCGGCUCCAACAACCAAUAUUCUUACCACAACACCUUCUACCGCAACUCCGAGCACAACCAAUCCAAACAAUUCUACUGUUACCACCACCAUCCCGACCUCCAUCUCACCAACCUCCACUCCAACCUCCACCCCAACUUCUAUCAACCCAAGCUCCACCUCACCCUCCUCCAAUCCAACCUCCUCCCCAAUCUCCACAAACACAUCCACUGCAAUACCCACCCCAACCCCCACCGCAACCUCCACUCAAACCUCCACACCAACCUCCAUGUCAGCCCACACCACAAGCACAACCCCAAUCUCCAGUCCAACAUCCACGCCAAUCUCCACUCCAACCUCCACACCAACCUCCACCUCAAACUCGACCCCAACUUCCACCUCAACCUCCACCUCAACCUCUACACCAACCUCCAACUCAACCCCCACCUCAACCUCCACCCCAACUUCCACACCAACAUCCACACCAUCCUACACCUCAACCCCCAACACAACCUCCACGCGAACAUCCACCUCAACCCAAACCUCCACGCCAACCUCAACACCAACCUACACGUCAAACCCCACCUCAACCUCCACACCAACCUCCACCCCAAACUCCACACCAACCUCCACACUAACCUCCACCUCAACCUCAACACCAACCUACACCUCAACCCCCACCUCAACCUCCACACCAACCUCCACACCAACCUCCACACCAACAUCCACCUCAACCCAAACCUCCAUGCCAACCUCAACACCAACCUACACCUCAACCCUCACCUCAACCUCCACCUCAACCCCCAACUCAACCUACAGACCAACCUACACUUCAACGCCCACCCCAACCUCCACCUCAACCCCCAACUCAACCUACAGACCAACCUACAUCUCAACCCCCACCACAACCUCCACCUCAACCCCCAACUCAACCUCCACACCAACCUCCACCCCAAACUCCACACCAACCUCCACACUAACCUCCACCUCAACCUCAACACCAACCUACACCUCAACCCCCACCUCAACCCCCACCUCAACCUCCACACCAACCUCUACACCAACCUCCACACCAACAUCCACCUCAACCCAAACCUCCAUGCCAACCUCAAAACCAACCUACACCUCAACCCUCACCGCAACCCCCACCGCAACCUCCACCUCAAACUACAGACCAACCUACACUUCAACCCCCACUGCAACCUCCACGUCAACCCCCAACUCAACCUACAGACCAACCUACAUCUCAACCCCCACCGCAACCUCCACCUCAACCCCCAACUCAACCUACAGACCAACCUACACUUCAACCCCCACCGCAACCUCCACCUCAACCCCCAACUCAACCUACAGACCAACCUACACUUCAACCCCCACCGCAACCUCCACCUCAACCCCCAACUCAACCUACAGACCAACCUACACUUCAACCCCCACCGCAACCUCCACCUCAACCCCCACCUUAACCUACAGACCAACCUACACUUCAACCCCGACCGCAACCUCCACCUCAACUCCCAACUCAACCUACAGACCAACCUACACCUCAACAUCCACCUCAACUUCCACACCAACUUCCACCUCGACCCCCACCACAACCUCCACGUCAAUGUCCACCUCAAUCUCCACCUCAAACCAAACCUCCACACCAACCUCAACACCAAACUCCACCUCAACGCCCACCUCAACUUCCACACCAACCUCCACCUCAACCUCCACACCAACCUCCACCUCAACCUCCACCUCAACCUCCACCCAAACUUCCACGCCAACCUCAACACCAACCUCCACCCCAACCUCCAUGCCAACCUCCACCUCAACUUCCACCCCAACCCCCACCCCAAACUCCACCCCAGCCCCCACCUCAACCUCCAUGACAACCUCCACACCAAGCUCCACCCUGGCCUCCAACCCAACCUCCACCCCAACCCCCACCUCAACCCCCACCUCAACCUACAGCUCAACCUCCACACCAACCUCCACACCAAUGUCCACCUCAACCUCCACCUCAACCUCCAUCCAAACCUACACACCAACCUCAACACCAAUCUCCACCCCAACCUCCAUGCCAACCUCCACCUCAACUUCCACCCCAACCUCUACCUCAAUCGCCACCCCAAAUUCCUCCCCAACCUCCACCGCAGCCCCCAUGACAACCUCCACACCAGCCUCUGCUCCAGCCUCCGCCCCGACCUCCGCCCCGACCUCCACCUCCACCUCCACCUCCACCUCAACCUCCACCCCAACAUCCACUCCAACCUCCACCUCAACCCCCACCUCAACCUCCACAUCAACCUACACCUCAACCUCCACACCAACCUCCACCUCAACCUCCACCCCAACCUCCACACCAACCUCCACACCAACCUCCACUCCAACCCCCACCACAACUGCCACACCAACGUCCACCUCAACCUCACCCUCCACACCAAUGUCCACCUCAACCUCCACCUCAACCUCCAUCCAAACCUACACACCAACCUCAACACCAAUCUCCACCCCAACCUCCAUGCCAACCUCCACCUCAACUUCCACCCCAACCUCUACCUCAAUCGCCACCCCAAAUUCCUCCCCAACCUCCACCGCAGCCCCCAUGACAACCUCCACACCAGCCUCUGCCCCAGCCUCCGCCCCGACCUCCGCCCCGACCUCCACCUCCACCUCCACCUCCACCUCAACCUCCACCCCAACAUCCACUCCAACCUCCACCUCAACCCCCACCUCAACCUCCACAUCAACCUACACCUCAACCUCCACACCAACCUCCACCUCAACCUCCACCCCAACCUCCACACCAACCUCCACUCCAACCCCCACCACAACUGCCACACCAACGUCCACCUCAACCUCAACCUCCACACCAAACUCCAGCUCAACCUCCACCCCAACCUUCACACCAACCUCCACCUCCACACCAACCUCCACCUCCACACCAACCUCCACCUCAACGUCCACACCAACUUCCACCCCAACCCCCACCUCAACCUCCACACCAAGCUCCACCUCAACCCGCACCACAACCUCCACACCAACGUCCACCUCAACCCCCACCUCAACGCAAACCUCCACGCCAACCUCAACACCAACCUCCAACUCAACCCCCACCUCAACCUCCACCUCAACCUCUAUUUCAACCUCUGUCUCAACCUCCACACCAACCUCCACCUCAACCCCCACCACAACCUCCACACCAAUGUCCAACUCAACCUCUACCCAAACCUCCACGCCAACCUCAACACCAACCUCCACCUCAGUCUCAACACCAACCUCCACCCCAACAUCCAAGCCAACCUCCACCUCAACUUCCACCCCAACUUCUACCUCAACCACCACUCCAACCUCCACCCCAACCUCCACCCCCGCCUCCACCUCAACCUCCUCGACACCCUCCACACCAACCUCUGCCCCAAGUUCGGCCCCGACGUCCACCCCGACCUCCACCUCCACCCCAACCUCCAUCCAAGCCUCCACGUUUAUAACAACUACCCCUAAAUCCACAUCACUCACUACAGCCUGUGCUCCGUUGAGGUUCCUUCAUAUUAAUUUGAUAUCAGUGGAAAGUGAAGUCAUCUCCAUCACCUGGGAGACUAACAAUGCAUUCGAACAGCCUCAUUUCAAUGCCACAAUCUCCGCUGGGAACUACACAAAGCAAAUUCAAACUGAGGAACAAGCAACAGAAUUUAGUCGUUUGCAGCCGGAUGUUGAAUAUCAGAUAAUAAUAUCCACUACAACUUGCGGUCAGCAGCAGACAAUUACAAGGAAGGUCAGGACAGUUGCCGCGGUAGUGGAGGUGUCAACAAGAAUUACAAAUAAGGAGUUCACACCAGAUCUGAAAAAUGAAAGCAGCCAGGAGUACAAAGACUUUGUAAAGAACUUCGUAGAUGAAUUGAUAAAAGGACUUAGUCCGGCUAUCCAGGCUUUAAUCAAGAGUGGAAAACUGUCUAUUACCAUCACAUCUAUUGAAAAAGGGAGUGUGAUUGUUCAAUUUACCGUAACAACAUCAACAAGUGAAACUGUCCCUCUAACCAAUAUCAAAGAAUCAGUUGCUGAUUCUUUAAACAACAGUACAACGUUCGAUGUUCAAAACACGACCAUUUCAGACAGAGACAGCUGCCAGCCUGGGCUGAAUGAUUGUUCAGUUAAUGGAACUUGUAUCAGACAGAAUGCAACUUACACCUGUCAGUGUAACGCUGGGUUCAUAGACACAAGCCCCCGUGUACCUGGAAGGAUGUGUGAAGACAUCGAUGAGUGUCAGACUGGGAACAACACAUGCUCUGAUUUAGCUGACUGCACGAACACUCCUGGAAAUUUCUCAUGUAGUUGUAAAGAGGGAACUAUUGAUACCAAUCCAUCAAACCCAGGAACAGAGUGCAGAGCGAGUACGACUCCGACCUCAACCAGUGAAGAUCCAAAAAGCAGCACUCCCUCGGCUCCAACAACCAAUAUUCUUACCACAACACCUUCUACCGCAACUCCGAGCACAACCAAUCCAAACAAUUCUACUGUUACCACCACCACCCCGACCUCCAUCUCACCAACCUCCACUCCAACCUCCAACCCGACUUCUAUCAACCCAAGCUCCACCUCACCGUCCUCCAAUCCAACCUCCUCCCCAAUCUCCACAAACACAUCCACUGCAAUACCCACCCCAAACCCCACCACAACCUCCACCCCAACCUCCACACCAGCCUCCAUGCCAGCCCACACCCCAAGCACAACCCCAGACUCCAGUCCAAUCUCCACCCCAACUUCUAUCAACCCAAUCUCCAACUCAACCUCCACCAGCUCAACCUCCACCCCAAUCUCUACAAACACAUCCACUGCAAUACCCACCGCAACCCCCACCCCAACCUCGACUCCAACCUCCACACUAACCUCCACGCCAACCUCCACGCUAACCUCCACGCUAACCUCCACCUCAAACUCCACCCUAACCUCCACACCAACCUCCACGCUAACCUCCACGCUAACCUCCACCUCAAACUCCACCCUAACCUCCAGGACAACCUCCACUUCAACCCCCAACUCAAUCCCCACCUCAAAUUCCACCUCAACCUCCAACUCAACCUCGACCCCAACCCCCGCUCCAACCUCCACCCCAACCUCCACCCCAACCUCCACCCCAACCUCCACCCCCACCUCCACGCCAACCUCCACGCCAACCUCCACGCCAACCUCCACGCCAACCUCCACGCCAACCUCCACGCCAACCUCCACCUCAAACUCCACCCUAACCUCCACGUCAACCUCCACCUCAAACUCCACCCUAACCUCCACGACAACCUCCACUUCAACCCCCAACUCAAUCCCCACCUCAACCUCCACCUCAACCUCCAACUCAACCUCCAACUCAACCUCCAACUCAACCUCGACCCCAACCCCCGCCCCAACCCCUGCUCCAACCUCCACCCCAACCUCCACGCCAACCUCCACCUCAAACUCCACCCUAACCUCCACGCCAACCUCCACCUCAAACUCCACCCUAACCUCCACGACAACCUCCACUUCAACCCCCAACUCAACCCCCAACUCAACCUCCACCUCAACCUCUACCUCAACCUCUACCUCAACCUCCACCUCAACCUCCACCUCAACCUCCAACUCAACCUCCAACUCAACCUCCAACUCAACCUCCAACUCAACCUCAACCCCAACCCCCGCCCCAACCUCCGCUCCAACCUCCACCCCAACCUCCACCCCAACCUCCACCCCAACCGCCACGCCAACCUCCAUGCCAACCUCCACCUCAAACUCCACCCUAACCUCCACGCCAACCUCCACCUCAAACUCCAACUUAACCUCCAUGACAACCUCCACCUCAAACUCCACCCUAACCUCCACGACAACCUCCACUUCAACCCCCAACUCAACCCCCACCUCAACCUCCAACUCAACCUCCAACUCAACCUCCACCCCAACCUCCAUGCCAACCUCCACCUCAAACUCCACCCUGACCUCCAUGCCAACCUCCACCUCAAACUCCACCCUAACCUCCACGCCAACCUCCACCUCAAACUCCACCCUAACCUCCAUGCCAACCUCCACCUCAAACUCCACCCUAACCUCCACGCCAACCUCCACCUCAAACUCCACCCUAACCUCCACGCCAACCUCCACCUCAAACUCCACCCUAACCUCCACGCCAACCUCCACCUCAAACUCCACCCUAACCUCCACGCAAACCUCCACCUCAAACUCCACCCUAACCUCCACGACAACCUCCACUUCAACCCCCAACUCAACCUCCAACUCAACCUCCAACUCAACCUCCAACUCAACCUCGACCCCAACCCCCACCCCAACCCCCGCUCCAACCUCCACCCCAACCUCCACGCCAAACUCCACCUCAACUUCCACCCCAAACUCUACUUCAAUCACCACCCCAGGCAACAUGCCAACCACCACCCCGGCCCCCACAUCGACUUUCACCUUGACGUCCACGCCGACCUCCACUUCGACCCCCACCUUGACCCCCACCUUGACCUCCACCCUGAACUCCACCCCGAUCUCCACCCCGACCUCCACCUCAACGUCCACCUCCACCCCAACCUCCACCCGGACUUCCACGUUUAUCACAAAUACCCCUAAAUCCACAUCAUUCACUACAGCCUGUGCACCACUGAGGUUCCUUCGUAUUAAUUUGAUAUCAGUGGAAAGUGAAGUCAUCUCCAUCACCUGGGAGACUAACAAUGCAUUCAAACAGCCUCAUUUCAAUGCCACCAUCUCUGCGGGGAACUAUACGGAGCAAAUUCAAACUGAGAAACAAGCAGCAGAAUUUAAUGGUUUGCAGCCUGGCGUUGAAUAUCAGAUAAUAAUAUCCACUACAACUUGCGGUCAGCAGCAGACAGUUACAAGGAAGGUCAGGACAGUUGCCGCGGUAGUGGAGGUGUCAACAGAAAUUACAAAUGUGCAGUUCACACCAGAUUUGAAAGAUGAAAACAGCCAGAAGUACAAAGACUUUGUAAAGAAUUUCACUGAUGAAUUGAUAAAAGGACUUAGUCCAGCUAUCCAGGAGUUAAUCAGGAGUGGAAAACUGACUAUUACUAUCACAUCUAUUGAACAAGGGAGUGUGGUUGUUCAAUUUACUGUGACAACAUCAACAAAUGAAACUGUCCCUCUAACCAAUAUCAAAGAAUCAGUUGCUGAUUCUUUAAACAACAGUACAACGUUCAAUGUUCAAAACACGACCAUUUCAGACGGAGACAGCUGCCGGCCUGGGCUGAAUGAUUGUUCAGGUAAUGGAACUUGUAUCAGACAGGAUGCAACUUACACCUGUCAGUGUAACGCUGGGUUCAGAGACACAAGCCCCCGUGUACCUGGGAGGACAUGUGAAGACAUCAACGAGUGUCAGAGUGAGAACAACACAUGCUCUGAAUUAGCUGCGUGCACGAACACUCCAGGAAAUUUCUCUUGUAGCUGUUUCCAGGGGAUUGUAGAUAACAAUCCAACAAACCCAGGAACACAGUGCAGAGAUCCUAAUACAUGUUUCCUAAAUCAGACGAAUAUCUGUGCUUUGUCUGACUGCUUAACGAUGACGGUCAGUGAAUGCAACAAUCGGAAAGCAUUCAGAAUGAAGGCAGUAUUGAAAUCCAGAGAAUUCAGCAAUGAGUUAAAAAAUCCCAGCAGUGAAGCCUACAAGAGUUUAUCAGCUGAAAUUACAAAUGCAGUUGUACAAACCGUACGAGAUAAACUAAAUGAUACCAAUUUUAAUAUCACCAUCAUUGGUUUUCAACAUGGAAGUGUGGUCGUGAAUCUCCUGGCUUUCCUGAGAAUGGGCUCAAAAGUAACUAAUCUCAACCUGCAAAGUGUUUUUACCAAUGCAAUCAAAGCAGUUGAUAACCAAAGCUUCGUCAGUAUAACAGGUACUACACAAGCGUCGACUGUGGCUCCAACCCUGUCGCAGCCUAUUCCCACGGUGCAGAUUCAGCCAGAAAGCCCUGGAUUCAGAGUGUCCACGAUAGUACUGGGAAUUCUUCUAGGUUUGGCUCUGCUGAUCAUCGUGGCAAUAAUACUGGCAGUGAUUUAUACAGGGAGUCAUUCUGGGUCGUAUGUCAUCAGUACUGUUAACGCGCCCUACAAUUUAAAGCGUUCUGACGUAUAGUUUGUCAUGGGAAACUCCAAAAAUGGACACACUCAUUUGCUCAGGGUUUAUGUGGAGUUUAAAGCCAAUCUUCAGAAAUUUUAAAAAUUCGGUUAAGGAAAAUAAUAAUGUAAGGAAAUACAAUGGCCCAGAUCUUCUCCGAUGUUCCAGAGGCCAGACAUAUGGCUGAAGAAUAUGUGUCGGGAUGCUGUGGAGGUCCUGAUACGCUGACCUCCGUGAGAAGUUUCAACUUCCAAUGGGCAAGUCCUCCGUUCCCUGGGACCCCCUGUGACUGUCUCUGACUUUGAUUUAGAUUUGGAGAUUUCAGACAGUUCUGGUGUACUUACCCAAACAGUAACCCAGGAAAUGUCAGACAUAAAAUUCCUGGUCUAACUCCUGGGUAGCUCCACAACAUAUGCCCCCCCAUCACUCACAGUGAUGCCCGAUUCCCCCAUCAAUCCACUGACUACCCCCGACCAUCCCACCCGGCCAACUGACAAGGCCUCCUGACCACACGACAAACCCCCGCCCACGACCUCCUGAGUAGUCUUCCAAUCUGACCUGACUAUCCCUCUCCACCCGAACUCCCUAGGCCCUGACCCACCUACCCACCUCACGCACCUGCCACCCUAUCCACCUACCAUGCAGCCAUCAACUGCUUCACCCACCUGCCACCCUACCUGUUUGCUUCUCUACCCACCCUAUCCACUGCCCACUUGUCCCCUUACCUCACCCACCUCCCCACUAUACCACCCUAUCUAUUCAGUCAUUCAUCUACUCGCCCAUUCACCAACAUUCACAAUGGACAUUUAAAUUUACCAUAGAUAGUGCCGUAUAAAAGGUGAUUGUCUGUCUUCCCCUGGACUCUGCUGCCCUCCGAUGGAGCUCUCCGAGUGACACUGCUCCAUAUUCCUUGUAAAGCCGGGCUCAGAAGACCCGGCAAGAAAUGUGGAGCAGCAUUGAGGCAGGGAAAAGUUUGAGUGGAGUGGAGUCCAUCACUCAAGAGCAGUAAGAACUCUUUCCAAAUGGGAUUUGAGAAACAAAGUCAUAUUUGUAAAGAGUGUUGGAGCUAAGAAAGCAUAGCCCAAUGUAACAAGAACUUUAAGAAUGUUUGAGAUUCAUCCAAUAGGUGAUUUUUUAAAUAUAUUUCUUAGCGUGUUUGAAGAGAUAUUUUAAGCUUGAUGUAAGUGAUGGAACAGAUGAAAGGAAAUAUAUUUUAGGGCGCGGACAUAAAUUACUUUGGGCCUGAUCUGUUCAUUUUAUUUUUGAUAACAUGUGAAUUGAUCCAUUCCAAACAUUACAACUGUGACACAUACAUGCUCAAUUCUUAUUAUAGAAGGUACAUGACAAGCCUCUUAUGCCUUAACUGAAUAUUUGCAGCUGUCAAUCAUAUAAAUAAUCCCAGAUCAAAGGACUUCCAGUACUUUACUAUGGAUGCUGAGUUACAACAAUAUUUGCUGAACUUGCCAUUAUACUUCAAAAUGUUUACAUUUUCAGGAUUUUUUUUUAUUCAUUCAAGGGAUCGCUGGCUAGGUCAGCAUUUAUUGUCCAAAUUGCCCUUGUUCAGAGGGCAUUUAAGAGUCAACCACAUUGCUAUGGGUGCCACAAGUAGGCCAGGCC